UAAAAAAACAAUCUUUCAUCAUCUUUUCCCUUUGUCAAAAAAAAUCUCAUCUUCACCUCUUACCCUUAACUCCCUGCCCCACGGCGGAAGCCUACCAGCGCCACCACCGGCCACCGCGCCGUCCUCUCCUCUUCUCUCUCCCAGUUGCGCUGCCUUUGUCCCUCCUCUUUUCUCUUCUCCUCUCUCGCGCGCCUGUUGUCCGUUAAACUCAGCCACGAAGGCCCUCCUCCGGCCACGCCACCGUCGAGCUCGACCUCCACGGCCCUCCAACCGUGAUAAAUCAUUGACACAACAAGUUUCCAGUUUCCACCCCUUGGGCCAGGGUUCUGGAUCCGCUAUUGGAUAUUAGAUAGAGAAUGUUGAUCAGUAAAUAAACAGCAUUGGUAACGAAUUGACCUGAAGAAAGUUGCAAAAAGGACACAGCAGUAGAAUCAAUGAGUUUAGAAAUGGCAGCGGAAUCAUCGGAGGGUGAAGAAGAAGGAAAGUUGAGCGGAGGUAACCAAGUAUUGAUCGUGGAUGACGAACUCCGGGAAUUAGGGAAGAAGGCCGCCUGGAGUGUUAGCUCCUGCAAACCCGGCAAUGGCGUCUCUUCUCUUCGAGAUGACAACCUCGAAACCUAUUGGCAAUCUGAUGGAGCCCAACCUCAUUUUGUUAACAUUCAAUUCCAAAAGAAAGUUCGAUUACAAUUGUUGCAGUUAGUUGUGCUCUAUGUGGAUUUCAAACUUGACGAGAGUUACACUCCCAGCAAGAUUUCGAUCCGCGCCGGCGAUGGCUUUCACAACCUCAAGGAGAUAAAAGCUGUGGAACUUGUCAAACCAACUGGUUGGCUUUAUCUCUCAUUGUCUGGAAUUGAUCCUCGUGACACUUUUGUCAACACCUUUAUGUUGCAAAUUGCUGUGUUGUCAAACCAUCUCAAUGGAAGAGACACACAUGUGCGGCAAAUCAAAGUUUAUGGACCUAGACCGAACCCUAUUCCACAACAGCCAUUUCAAUUUACUUCAGAAGAGUUCAUCACCUACUCUACUAUAAGAUGAGAUUUUAUGUAAGAAAUUAUUCAAGCCAAAACUUAGUGUUAAAUCAAAGAAGGCUACUCACUGAUUGAUUAUAUCAUGGGAAGGGUCUGAUGAAACCAAACCACUAGCCACUUAGGUGGCAAAAAUAUAUUUCACUGAUAUUUAUAUUCUUAAAAACAUGCCAUGAGGAAAUGUGGCUAUCAGUAUCCUUUGUUUUUUUGCUUGUAUUUAUAAUUUGUUUAGAUCUACAAGUGGUUUAUAAUAGGAUUAAAUAUGGGAUCUGCAUUUUCGGAGGCAUCCUAUUUUUAUUAUUUCUGAACAAAAUGAUAUGUAGAUAUCAUGGGAAUUUCUGUUAUAUUCAACCCGCUAUUUUUCUUCCUUCUCC